AUGAGUUCAGCUAACGUAUCAUCUCGCCUGCUCGUUUGCUGUUGCUGUGUAACUUUUAUCAGUGUGCUUUUCUUUUGUGUCGGUUUUGUGAGAUUGGAACUGGAGUUACGAUCUCAUACGGAGAGAAUUGUUGCACUGGAGCAAGGGCAGAAAGUAAACGAGACAGUAAAGGAUGCUCCACCCUCAAGCGAAGGUAAGCGCCUCGUUGAUAAAACUGCCCACUCUACGAGCCGCUAGUGACUAGUCACAUAAUUUGCCUUCUUUUCUUGCAGUUACCUCUCUAAGGGCUUGUCGCGAGUUUAAUUACAAAGUUUUACAAAGGGAUAAGUUAUCGAUCAUGUGAGUUCACGUGAAGCUUUCGACAAAUGAGCGACUUCCUCCCGCUUUUGCCAUGUAUUGGUUAGAGGAAAGCACGCAAAAUAUUCCAGUAUUCCAUGAUAACACAUCUUUAAAUUUUCGAAAAGUUCGGCACAACUCGGCCAGAAUUUGGGGAAAUAAUCGCGGCCUUAAAUCACGUUUGUUUUAAAUACGAACACAGUUCUGAAAACUUUAAGUGUUAUAAUUAGUACAAAAUAUAAUGAAGGAAAGUACACAGGCCGAAACAAGUGUACUCUGGAAUUUUAUCCAACAUCCUAAAACAUCAUACGGCUGCAUGAACUAGCUGAAGACCGCGCUUUCUUAGUCUGUAAAACACCAUUAUUUACUUGGAAUUCGUGCGCUCUAAGCAAAGGAACAACCAGUGCUUUAUGAUUGGUAGUUGGCUUGCAUUUUUGAGAUUGGAUAAUUAAGCAGACUCUGAAGUGAUAUUUUAGCCUUACUUGUGAACUCGCUUCGGCUCCAGGCAACUCUAUGAGGUUUUUAAAGUUUCAGAGAAGUAACUAACUUGGGUAUCAAGGUCGAAUAUUAAAAUGAACCAAAACGAUCGAGAUCGGAAUGAUUAGAAUUAAUCAAAAGGUGUACUGCAUAAUCUAUAUUACGGUAGUUUCUUGGUUUUGAAGAUUGGUGAAAUCAUCAAAUGAAGUAACACAAAAGAUUAAAAAGACAGUGAGCAAUACCACUACACCACAGCACAAAAAAGAACCAACGAAAGUCUGAAUCAUUCCGCAACACCAGGAAACACCUGGUAUCAAUGUUGAAACCCGGGAAAGUGCAUGAAGUUUAUUGUGCUAAAUAUGGCUCAGAUAACAAUGGGGUUGUUGUCCUAUGAUGUUAUUCUUAGUAGCUGAUUUUUUUUUUAACAGACAUUCAUGAGACACACUGAAGACACCGCCAUGUUAUAAAUGUGCCAUACUCGCUCACGGCCCCCCAAAAAUUAUCAUGACUUCGGCUACCUAUUUUUAUUUUUAAGGAAAUGCUCAUUCCUUGAGUAUGAACUCGAAGCAGUUAUCAGCUCAUCACAGUAGACGAAUUGUUCGGGCGGUUACACCCACGGAAGAUGCUGAAAGUUCUUUAGCUAAAGAGAUACAAAAACAGAUCAACAAGGCUGUUCACACGAGCACAAGAAAACUCUGCACCAACAAGGGACAGAUUUGUGUUCAAGGUCCUCCCGCGAAAACAGGACCACAGGGACCUCAAGGGCCAAUGGGACCUCCCGGUAUGAAGGGCCAAAAAGGGGAACCUGGAGAAUCGACUUCAACAUCUCUGCAGCUAUUCAGGGGGGAACCCGGAAGUAUUAUUUCAACCCCCGAGAUUUUGGUCAAGCCCGCAGUAAAAACUGUAACAUUGAAUGAAUCAGCUACGUUUCAGUGCUCACCGGAGAGAAAAGUUGACGCGAAAAUAUCAUGGGCUAAAGAAAGUGGCUCUCUUCCCAUUGGACGGCAUUCCAUUGUGAAGGGGACUCUACACAUCAAGAAUGUGAUCGUUGGUGACAACGGGAUAUACGUAUGUACGAUCCGAACUGACCAGGGAACCGCGCAGGCUGCAGUAACACUCAAUGUCAGAGGUAUGAGUAGAAAAAUUCAGUGACAUUUUGAGAAUAAUACGUCCUCCACUAUAGUAAAGGAGAACUGACCCUCGGUUAACACAAAGGGGUCACUUGAUCCUUAAUUAAUUCGAAGACUGCCCCAUUCCUGAAUGGAGGCCUGAUCUACCAAAGAAAUGACUAGUAUACUGAGUUAAUUGACGAAAGUGUAGCCUUUGAUUAAAUUGAAUAUCUGCUGCACGUCAUUCAAACUGCAAUCUACGCGCCGCUCUGAUUUUUUCUUAGCGAGUGCUACCAAAGCAGCCAAAGUAAUCAAGUUUCAUCACACUGUAUCAUAAUGCAUUAGUGAGUACGCGACUAGUUUCUUUUUCAUUCAUCUGAAAACCCUGAACCGUUCAACGUUCAUAAACUGAACAAGAUCAAAAAUGUACGAGGCGGUUUGUCGUCAUGCAGAGCCGGAGCGCACAAUAACAAGCGCGGCUGAAGUCAACGUUAAAGUGACUGAUGGGUAAAGUGUGUAAAACCAGUAGACCCUGAAAAUGGUCACACGCUGGUAACCAUCGGUUGUUCUCGCUGUUUUGUUUUGUCUUGUUGCAGCUCGUCCAGACGUUUCUCUUAUCACUGGCCCAAUAUACGCUGAGAGCGGGAAAAAUGUCAAAUUGCCUAAAUGCCAGAUCAUUGGAUAUCCACCUCCAGUAAUAUCCUGGACAAAACUUUUUGACCAAAUUCCCACUGAAAGAGCAGUUGUCGAAGGUCAAACUUUGACCAUAGUUAAAGCUAAGAAGAAGGAUGCCGGAACGUAUAUUUGCUCUGCUACAAAUAUUAUGGGCACUUCGCACGCAAUGACAACCUUAAUCAUCAAUAUAGUGCCACAGUUUACUGUCAGGCCACCCCAGAUGAUAGAGCGUUAUCUUGGACAGUCAGUUACAUUGAACUGCUCUGCAGAUGGACACCCAAUACCGAGUAUCACGUGGUCACGUUGUAAAGGACACAUUCCAGAGGGGCGCACACAAGUGGAGAGUGGACAACUAAAAAUAAACAGUUUGACAGCUGAAGACAGUGACACCUACACCUGUAGAGCUCAGAGCGAGUUAGUUCACGUGGAGACUGAAGUAAAAGUUGUAGUCAAAACUGGUGAGAAAUUAUAAUUUAUAAAAGGUUCUUAUAAACGUGUCUUCUAUUUCAUCCCGAUAAUGUCAUAAAAGGACGCCACCUCAUCAAUAUCAUCAUUGGUGUUGUAGAAGAUUGUUUUGUUAUUCGAUUCUCAAAAGCUCUUCGGAUAGUGUACCUGAUCUGUUUAUUACUACACUGAUCGAUACAGUAAAAUCUCGAGCUUUUUCUUAUAUACGUGGUGUCUUCUUAAGAUAGAAUAUAUAAGCAUCAAAUCUAAAUGGUAAGACCACAUUCUGAGGACUUACACCCCUUUUUUCUGGGUUUAUAAGAACUGACAUCCUGUUUCAAUCAUGCCGCUGUGAGGGUUUGAAUGUCAAGGUAAUGACCAGGUUUUAACACAUGGGUUUUAAUUGUGUUUCGUCCCCUUUUAAUUCGUUUUGCAUCCUUUUGGGUUGGGCGUGAUGCCAAAAGCAGAUAAAUCCGUCUUUGAAAGAGUCGUUUUAAAAGCUAUUUCCGUCCUUGCUUUAUUCUCUCAAUGAAUGUCUCUUUUACAGCACGGGACUGUGCCGAGUUGUUUUCAGCCGGCUUCAAACACUGGACGAAAAAACGGAUUUACUAAUGUUUGCGAAAGGUGCAAAUAUGUGGUAAAUUUGGAGCUCCAAAUUUGCAUUACAUUUGCGCUGUCGGCUAAAGUGUGGGCAAAUUCAUAUAUUUGCUAGAUAGGUAUUGAUACGCAAAAGUCAAGUAAAUGUAAUGGUUUGAUACAAAUUUGAGACAUAUUUGCAGCAUGAGCAAAUCUUCAACAUUUCUACCAAUUUACUCAAAUUUACAUCCUUGGCAAAAAUGACAGUUUUCACUGUACUUCAAAUGCAGGCAAAAAUAUUGCAAAACCACUAAUUUGCAGUGGUGUUUGCUCUUGUUUUUCCAGGAUACCAAAAGAACACUUUUGCAUGUGGUUUACUCGUAUUUGCCUUAAGAGCAAAAACAAUAAAUUUCUACACAUUCGGCUGUAUCAUAAAUUUGAACAUUUGUAUCAUAAUUAUCCAUAUUUGCAAGGGGAGCAAAUAUAGUGAACUGCAUAACAUUUGCUGACAGUCAAAGGUGAUGUGCAUGUGACAUUUCCUAUAUGUUUGAUUCGUUUUGUGACUAAAGUAAAUUUCCAAUCUCAACUGUAACAUUACAUUGUUACAAUAAAAUUUUGUACAUGCUGUGAGACUCCGCCAAGAGGUCUAACCCCUUACAUGCAUCUUUCCUGUUAACUGUUUUAUAUGCACUGUCAUUUCAAUAUAAAGGAAUCAGAAACCAGUUACUUUUUUUGACAAUUUUACAGUCACAAAUUUCUUCUGUUAGUCUUUUUACAGAACGAAUCAAACCUGGUCCAAAAGAAAAAGUUUUGUGGAUUUCAAACUCAGGGUUGUGAUUAUUCACUUGUACACAAUUUCCUCCUGGUCAUUUAACCAACAAACUUAAUUCAAAUUAAUACCAACAAUUUUCGUUUAACCGGUAUUUGUUGUAGUUUUGACUGCCCACCUAGAGAUGACCGCAUCUCGAUGGUGGGCUUCCUAAAAUGACCACAUUUUGAAAACCCAACAGUCAAUGCUACAACAAAAUAUGGUGAAACUGCUCACAAUUUUAUUUGAACAUUAACCCGUAAAUUUGGUUUCAAAGUAAUGUCACUCUAUUGUCUUUUUUUUUGCAUCUCUCGCAAGUUAAAGUGAGAGUUCACAGAGACUGUGCGGUUUUCUCGGGUGCGUUUUAGAAGCUGCCGUAACAAAAAGGUUACUACACUACCGGAAUUAAAACAUCGUGGAAAUUAUUAAUUUAAAGCCGCGGAGUAUUUUCCCCAACAAUGAACAAUAUUACCUCUAACUUUCUGCGACAACGCUGCAAAAUUUUUUAGGUUAUUUUUCAACCGAAUAGGCUGCGAAUUUAAUGCGAUGAUCAUUUUCACUUUCAUACCUUCAUCCGCAUUUCAUAUAUUUCAAUUCAUGCUUACCAAGAUCUCCCUAAUUUUAUGUCUAAACGCAAGGCUUUUUAAUGGAAUCUUCAUUUCAAGGCCAGAACUAACACUAAGCGCUAAACAGAAACUGCCUUAUGAAAAAACUUUUAAAAUUGACGCGCUGUUUUAAAGGCCUCACUGGAUCUGGAUGGGGUUAAUUAAAAACGUAAGCGAAACAUUAAUUUUGCAAUAUUUAAAUUAUGUCUAAAAAAUAAAGCUUCCCUCUGAGAUACCAGGCGAAUAAAAUUCUCACAGGGCCACAGCCUAAACAGGCUAAGCUGCUCUGUUGAAUCAGGAAGGCCAAACUUUUUUUCUUAAUGCUGGACAGAGAUUAAAACAAUAUCUAAAAGCGCGCUUUUAGUUCCCUCCGAGACACCCGGAGAAUAAAUUCUCACAGAGCCACAGCCUAAAAAGGCUAAGCUUCUCUGUUGAAUCAGGAAGGCCAAACUGUUUUACUUAAUGCGAGACGGGGAUUCAAAAAAUAUCUGAAAAGCGCGUUUUUAGUUCCCUCUGAGACACCCGGAGAAUAAAAUUCUCACAGAACCACAGCCUAAAAGGCUAAGCUGCUCUGUUGAAUCAGGAAGGCCAAACGUUUUUUUCUUAAUGCUGGACAGAGAUUCAAACAAUAUCUAAAAAGCGAGUUUUUAGUUCCCUCUGAGACACCCGGAGAAUAAAAUUCUCACAGAGCCAUGCACAGCCUAAAAAGGCUAAGCUGCUCUGUUGCAUCAGGAAGGCCAACCUUUUUUUCUUAAUGCUGGACAGAGAUUCAAACAAUAUCUAAAAGCGAGUUUUUAGUUCCCUCUGAGACACCCGGAGAAUAAAAUUCUCACAGAGCCACAGCCUAAAAAGGCUAAGCUGCUCUGUUGUAUCAGGAAGGCCAAACUGUUUCACUUAAUGCUAGACGGGGAUUCAAAAAAUAUCUGAAAAGCGCGUUUUUAGUUCCCUCUGAGACACCCGGAGAAUAAAAUUCUCACAGAACCACAGCCUAAAAAGGCUAAGCUGCUCUGUUGAAUCAGGAAGGCCAAACGUUUUUUCUUAAUGCUGGACAGAGAAUAAACCAAUAUCUGAAAGCGCGCUUUUAGUUCCCUCUGAAACACCCGGAGAAUAAAAUUCUCACAGAGCCACAGCCUAAAAAGGGCUAAGCUGCUCUGUUGAAUCAGGAAGGCCAAACCGUUUUACUUAAUACUAGACGGAGAUACAAACAACAUCUGAAAAGCGCGUUUUUAGUUCUCUCUGAGACACCCGGAGAAUAAAAUUCUCACAGAGCCACAGCCUAAAAAGGCUACGCUGCUCCGUUGCAUCAGCAAGGCUAAACUGUUUUACUUAAUGCGGGACAUGCACUAUCAUCUUCAAAGAUCUAAUCAGUGCAAAAUUAAAUAAAGCUUUAAUCUGUAAAUCAAUUUUUGGUUUAUGAAAUUUUACUCACUUUUACCGACAAUUGAUAGCCACUGGCUUUGGCAAAAUAAAUUUUCCUGUUUUCUUAAAAUGGAUUCGAUAAAAUUGAAAAUAUCCACUACGAUCCACACUUAAAAACUGAACUCUGACUGAAUUGAACUGUUUGCGAUCACGCUUAAGAAAUAGUGAUCUCCAUCAACAUUCUCCAUGAACAUUACACUUUCACAUCAUUAGCAGUUAUUGAGAAUUUAUGAAAUGAUCGAGGGAUCAGUGUCGACCUUAAAACGUUUUUGCGCUAAAAUGAUAAUAGGUAGCCAUUUGAAGAUGAUACAAAGGAACCUAAAAUAGUAUCUGUCUUUCGUCUCAGGUCGUUUUCCAUCAGUGACGCAAAGUACACAAGUCGUGACAGAUUAGCAGCUAUUAAUUGAAUCCUGAUUAGGUUUUUACAAGGACACCGGAAAUUGAAACUUCCUCCCUGUGGUGAAUUUCAAAGUCGUAUGAAUCUCGUCAUGCUAUAAAGAAAAAACUAAGGCGGUGAAACAAAUUAACAUGCAGCAUUUACUCUCCCAGGCUGGGUUGUUCAAAGCUGGGUUAAGAUAACCCAAGGUUAGUACGAAAUAUGAAUUCAGAUACGAAAGUUUAAAAAACAAAUUGAUUUAAAUUCCUUUUGUCUACAAUUUGGUGACUGGAUACGUAAAAAGAAAAGAGAAAAUUAUCUGACAAAAUGCUUUUGAUUAAAAGGAAAAAAGAAACGCGGUUAAAAUCUAACCCUGGGUUAGUGCUAAUCGGUCUUUGGAACAACUGGGCCCCGUCUUUUUAGGGUCCAAUAAUUCAAAAUCACAUAACCACUUUGAAGUGAGUCAAUGGUACACAACCUGGGAAUGUGUUGCAUUCCUCUUCUGUCAUUUGAUUAUAAUAAAGCCUAGGGUCGUACAACGGGCAAGGAUGUCCGAGUACUAAAACUAGAAAUUCAAAAUCACACAGUAACUGUUCUAUACCGUACAGAUCGAGGGCCCACACUACCUCCCCUUUAUUAUACAAGUAAAUACACUACAACAAAUCUACUGGACAAAGGUCCAGUAGUCAGAUCAUUUACUGUAUUUUUUGUACAUCAUACUAAAAAAUCAAAUGUGGUCCAAAAUAAAAAGUUUUGUGGAUUUCAAACUCAGGGUUGUGAUUAUUCACUUGUGCAUAAUUUCCUCAUGGCCAUUUAACCAACAAACUUAAUUCAAAUUAAAACCAACAAUUUUAGUUUAACCGGUAUUUGUUGUAGUUUUGAUUGCUCACCUAGAGAUGACCGCAUCUCGAUGGUGGGCUUCCUAAAAAUGACCACAUUUUGAAAACCCAUCAGCCAAUACUACAACAAAAUAUGGUGAAACUGCUCACAAUUUUAUUUGAACAUUAACUCAGCCGACAAAUUUAUGAAAGGCUAAUUUUUCUUACUCUGUUGUUUGCAACCCUGAGUUUGAGUUUCACUGAUUUUACUGUUGAUUUUGAGUUUUACUGUUCAUGAAGUACUACCCAUUCAAUCCAAAAAAGUCAUAGCAUUUUUGCUGGCUAAAAUUCACCUGAAUCCUGGUUAUUUGAUCUUGGGAUACAAGGAGCGGGGUUGUGGCUUCCCAACAAAAAUUAUGAUGAAGAGACGGUCUUCAUAUACAGGAGCUACCAGUCAAAUCCCACCCGACAAAGCCCCCCGCCCCCUCAUAAAAAAUGAACAGACCAACACUGGGUUACAGGAACUCUGAGUUGGCCUUGGAUCAUGAAAAGUUUAAAGCUAUAAAGAAAAAACUAAGGCGGUGAAACAAAUUAACAUGCAGCAUUUAUCCUUCCAGGCUGGGUUGUUCAAAGCUGGGUAAAGAUAACCCAAGGUUAGUACGAAAUAUGAAUUCAGAUAUGAAAGUUUUAAAAACAAAUUCAUUUGAAUAAUUCGUUUUGUCUACAAUUUGGUGAUUUGAUACUUAAAAAAGAAAAGAGAAAAUUAUCUGACAAAAUGCUUUUGAUUAAAAGAAAAAAAAAAAAAAAAAAAUGGGUUAAAAUCUAACCCUGGGUUAGUGCUAAUCGCUCUUUUGAACAACUCGGCCCCGGUCUUUUUUGGGUCCAAUUCUAAAUCACGUAACCACUUCAAGUGAGUCAAUGGUACAUAACCUGGGCAUGUGUUGCAUUCCUCUUCUGUCAUUUGAUAAUAGUAAAGCCUAGGGUCGCACAAUGGGCAGGGAUCUCCAAUUACUAAAACUAAAAAUUCAAAAUGACACAGUAACUGUUGUAUAUAGUUACAGAGGGCCCACACUACCUCCCCUUUACAUAAAGUAAAUACACCACAACAAAUCUACUGGACAAAGGUCCAGUAGUCAAAUAAUUUACUGUAUUUUUUCUACAUCAUAAUAUUAUUAUUAAAAAGCUAACAAUAACAAGGCCACCCACAGUACCUUAAAUUUGGUCCAAAAAAAAAAGUUCUGUGCAUUUCAAAGUCAGGGUUGAGAUUAUUCACUUGUACACAAUUUCCUCAUGGCCAUUUAUUCAAGGAACGUCACAUCAAAACUGACAAUUUUGUUCUUACCGCUAUUUGUUCUAGUUUUCACUGACUAUACCUAGAGAUGACCACAUCUUGAUGGUGAGCCUCCUAAAAUUGACCACAUUUUGAAAGCCCAACAGCCAAUAAUAAAACAAAUGGUGAAAUUGCUUUGUAUUUCAUAUAAUUUGUGAAUAGAAACUAGCACAGACAUGAACAAAUAAUUUCUUUGCUCCUCUUUACAACCCUGAUUUUGAGUUCAAUAGGAUUUGUCUUUUUAAACUGAUCAAACAGACUGGCGAGAUUUAUAUCAGCCUUCGCUCAGCAACAUUAACAUGGUGCAUUUCUUCACUUAAACCUAAACUUCUUAGACCAACGGUGUUUACACCUUCAAUAUUAUUAUACCCUUUUCACUAAAUGAGUCGAAUUUUACUAGAUUUAUUUAGUAUUGAAUUCACACAGUAAGAUAACUUUUUGAUUUUCCUUUUUAAAUAGGAAUAUGAUAUUUUAUAAUUGCUGGACAGAAAAAAGGUUCCAGCUAAAAAUUUGUUUUGAGCAGUGACAGAAGACAUGAAAUAGUAAAUCUCAACUUUGGAGUGUCUGAAGGCAUUUUCUUUGCCCUUCCACAAAAUGACUUUCUACUUUCACUCUGCCACUAACUUUUGCCAUGACUUAUUAACGCCAAGUGAAAACAUAAUAUCUGAGGCAUAUUUCUGAAGCUAUAUGUCAGUGCUAGUGAGCAGUCAUGGACUGCUGUUUUGAAGGGGCAUCCGAUAGCAAGAUAGCCUUUCGAAAAUCACUGAGCAUUGGGUGGUACAUAUUGUUUACCUCUGUAGGAAUAAUGUUGUCACUCUUUAUAUCUCUGAGGGGAAACCUCUACGAGUGCAAAUGUUCUAUGGCUUCACACAAUUUCAGUACAUUAUGUUUCCUGCAGAACACUGUGAAAGGGACAUGGAUUUACUUAGCAGGGCACGGCACAAAGUACAAGAAAACUAAUAUUGUAAAGAUGCUAAAAAUAUAACACAAGGAAGUACACGUGAGGUUUCUUUUUUUUUGUGACAUUUACCCCAAACAGAUGGGGUAUUGAUGUAUGGGAGCAUUCAGUAUAUAAGCUUCACUUCUGUUAUCUUCUGAAGAGGAAAAAACGAUUACUGUAAAUAAAUUGAGACCCACUGGAAUACCCCUGUAGCAUUUCUUCAUGCACAGACCACAAAAAGCUUCCCCAUGUUGAACCUGUAUUUCAUUGACCUCUUUAUCUUUUGGAGAGUUCAGGUGAUGCAACUCAAUUUCAAGAACAUUGGAAAUUUAACUCCUGUACCACUCAAGGAAAAAUCUAAAACAAAUGUACAAAAAAGUCACUAAACCCACUAAAAAUAACUGGUAAUUCUACCUUUAUUGAAAAUAUUGUGAAAUUAAAUGAAUUGUGUUACUUGUGUUGCCAUUAUCUUUAGGAACAUUAUAAAUACACAUGUGGCACAUUUUAGCAUUUUUGACCUUUGGACUCAGCUUACAUGUACAGCUGUAUCAUUAUAAAUUAUUAUAAACAAAACAACCUUGUAUAUGAAAACAUGACAAAACAAAACAGCAAAAAAUGACAGUAAGGCAUAUAAAAUAAAGGCUCCACCCUACCCCUGUCAAAAUCAAUGGUACAUGUACAGGUAUUACGCUCAAUAUGUCAAUAUAGCGCCAGAGGAAGUAUAAAUUACUCAAGCAAUUAAUCUUGAGCUACUUCUGCCAAAUACCAAUAAAUUAGCACCAAAUACCAAUAAAUUAACAUCACUUAAAUUUUUCAACAAGGCUUUUUUUUUCAGCUGGAUCACUACCAUACGCACGCGACACGCGUGCACAUACAUGCUACAAAUGUAAAUAUGGAUGCAAAUGUAGUUUAUUCCCGGUUAUAACAUAGAUGUGGCAGUAGAAGCACGAUAUACAAAGCAAAAUACAUCGACUUUACCUUUUAAAUUUCGAAUAUCCUUGAGAAAAAAUCCAGCAACAUAGGCAAUCUCUUCCUCCCGCCAAAUCGCCAAAAGAACGCGCGCCCGAUUUCCCAAGCAUUUGCGCCUCAGUGGUGCUGGUCAGCGACAGUCUGCAUAACCGUUCGAGAACGAGGCACAACAAUUGAAAUCGCCCAAAUUUCGUCGACCGUUACCACGUUCCAUUGCCAUCGAUUUGCCACCAGCUUUUACUUCUUACGUUUAACGCCAUAUUUAUCAAGAGUUUUCGAAUUUUCCUUCUUUGUGGGGUUGACUGUCGAGUAUGGAGGAGUCGGCCAGUCUUAUUUGUUCGAAUUUAUCGAACGAAUGUGUCCUCGAAGAACUUAUAAAAAUAAUCGCUCGAGCUCGAGGGAACUGCAUACUUAUAGACUGUUCGACGAAAAGGAAAUUGCACUUAUCCACCAUGAAAGACAUCUAGAUAGCUCCAUCGGCGACGAUCAAGUAGUAACGAUUGGAUCCAAGAAAAGCAGCCGUUAGUACUUAGUACAUAGACUUCGGUGAAUCGUUGCUGUUAGCAGACAUUGUAAAACUAAUAAGAGGCAGGAGAAAUGCAAGGACAAACAAAUGCUGAGGGAGCAACUAAUCGGGAGUAAAAGAAAUGCUCAGUAAGUAUAUGAAAGUUCAUUCUUACUGUUAAUCCAUUAAUGAUGCUAUUUGAUAAUACCUACAUUUACAUUCCCAAUAUUCAGUAAUCAACAAGGACUCACCCUGCUCCUGAAACUUUAUUUGUCCUGUUGUUUUAAAAAAUACUAUAAUCUUUUAUUUGGUUGUUCUCUUCAGAUAAAAUUUAUCUGAAGAGAACAACCAAAUAAAAGAUUAUAGUAUUUUUUAAAACAACAGGACAAAUUCGAUAAUGGUCUUGGAAAUUUAAUAAGAAUUGAAGCAAGUGUUAAUUCCCCUCUAAGGCCAAAAAUAACCUUAUCCUCUAGUGCAGGACCUGAACAAUCGAUGAAAAUCGAUGAUCGGAAAAUCAAUCGAUCAAUCGAUGACAAUCGAUUAAUUACUGUUGAUUAGCAUCGAUUGGCAUCGGCCAAUCGAUGAUCAAUCGAUAAUCACACCUAGGUGGUCGCGAACUUCAUCGAUUACCAUCGAUUGGCACUAAAUUCAUCUCUCCGCAUCUUCAGGUAUCGUGGGAGUGUACGCAGAUCGUAUAUUAUUUUUAAAGCUCAGUAUUAAAGUUUGAGAAUUGUUCAUCGAUAUGGCUCAGUGAAAAACAGCACAAAAAAUAAAGACAAUCAACAUGUCUCGUUGUGAGUAGUACAAACUUGAUCGAUUUAGUUUCGAGUCCAUUGCAAAGAUUCAACUGACCUGGGACGCAGAAAUGUCACGUAUAACAGAAAAUGUGUGCAUUAAAUUAAACAUAUUUUAUGAAUACUUAGCUAAACUGUUGGCUCCAAACGUUACAUCACGCAUAGAAUAUUUCACACCUUGCCUAAUUUGCCAGCUGUUUCGUUGAAGCAUAACAGUGGGGUCUGUUUUUCUUACACACAAAUCCGUAGUACGUUUCUAUGAAUUUUAAACUCGCGCGAAACGAAACAAGUUUUCCGCCACCAAUCAGAAGCCACAACAGCGGCGACCGUUUUGAACUGGUCUGGUAAGCCAUUGUCUCCAGGGGCUCUUCUCGCCGUUCCUUACUUUUCUUCGUGCCCUAUUUUUCCGCCCGUUUAGACUUUCCCUCGCCCCCACUAUCUGCCCCUGGGUCUCCGAGGAUGGAAACGUGUGGGCAAAUAAAAGUUUACGCAUUGCUACCGCUAGUUUUUACUCAAAUGAAAAGCAAUGAUAUCAAAAUGUGUAACUUUAUUAGUACUGAUGAAAUUGACAAUUGAAAUGUUUGAAUGAAUAGGUAAUCGAUUGAUAUUGCAUUUUGAUAACAAUCUAUUAUGUUAAUUGAUCGAUUCCCAUCGAUUAUCGAUUGAUAUUGAUAAUCGAUGAUAAUCAAUAAUCACAAAAAUUUUCGUGAUCGAUUGUCCAUCGAUUAGCAAUAUCAAUCGACAAUUGAUAUCGAUUGUCAUCGAUUGUUAUCGAUUGCCAUCGAUUAUCGAUUUCAUCGAUUGUUCAGGUCCUGUCUAGUGCCUACUUUCUCCAAAGGCUUUUCCAAAAUUUAAAAGGAGAUUAAAGGCAGUGACUGCCAUGGUGCUGAAAACAUAGAGUAGCUAGAAUUUAGAUCAUGGUACCCUGCUUUCACUGAUUUUUUUUUAAUGAUCACCCCAUGUAAGGGAUUCUGGAAUCCCUGAAAUUAAUUUUUUGCUUAUGGAAUCCAGAAUUCAGGCAAUUUUUGUUGUGGAAUCCUAAAUUCUGAGCUUUGAAACCUGAAAUACAGGUCAAACAAUUGGAAUCCAGAAACCAAGUAAUCCACUGAAAAAGGUUCUGGAAUCCAUGCGUGGAAUCCAGAAUCUAAAACUGUCUUGGAUUCCCUCAUAUGAGGCAAUUAUAGUAUAAUUAAACUUUUGUUCCCAAGAUACACUGUAAGUGAUGGCAAUGUUGCAGAAGAAGCAGGUCCAUGAAGUUUUAAGUAAUAUGUCAAUAAUGUCGUUAUGGUAGUGAUGUAGUGGGACACUCACUAUAAAAUUAAUACAAUGAUUUAUCUGGAGUCAAUUGUCUUGUUACAAAAGGGUUUCUUCCAUUCAUUUUUUCAUUUUGUUUUUGCUCAAAGAAGGUCUUAGUUUUAACAGGUACAGUGUAAUCAGGAUUAUGAUGACUGCUUGGGGUUAGAUUUGAGACAUGAAAGUUACAAGCCAGCAAUUUGUUUAAACUAGUUAAUUUUGAUAUCAGUUAACUCAGGAAAUAAGUAAGUUUAGUCACGUAGUGUGACUGCAGCCAGUAAUAGCACAUGUAAUAUCUAAUAGCAACCUUUAUGCUAUAAAAGGCUAGAAUAUUUAGACAGAAAAGGACAAUAGUAUUUUUCAUGACAACCAUCUACAGCUUUAGUUUCAAUAUUAAUGGUCUCAAUUAUGUAUAAUUUCUGUUUGUUGCAGAAAAAGCUAAAGAGACCACCCUUUUCCAGUCAACCUCUAUUUCGAAGAAGGAUUGUUGUAAGUUCAAAGCUUGUAUAAAUGUGGAGUACAUGUCUUCAGAGCAAGGCAAUACAGACCAAGGAGAUGACAAAUCUGAGAAAAGUCCUUUGCAGGAGGCCUCUAGCGUGGAGGAGUCAACAACUUAGCCUGUAAAAACCUCUUUGCCUAGCUGAAUGGUAAAGCAAAAUUGAAACAGUCACAUGUAAGCCUGUCAUUACUCAAUGACAAUAGAAAGGAGGAAUGGCUUCUCCUCAGAGAUGGAGGCUCCAGAUAAUGCUCCUGAAUUUGCUUUGUGAUAAGGAAAUAUAAGUUAAUCCAAUGCUCUUAAAGAAAUUCCAGAUUAUUUAUGACUGGUCAUACUUACAGGUACAUGUACAUGUAGCUCUGCAAAUACAGUAAUCCUUUAAUCACUCUCUGUUUAUGACACUGUUUUGUAGAAAAAGAUAAAUCUGUGUAAACAGUACAAAUCCUGAUGGUGUUGAUUUGUCCUGAGAAUUCUGGUGGCAGGUAGAUCAAAUUGGUUGAUGUGAUAAAUUUUUCAUUAGAAUCCUUUGGCUAUUGUUUGCAAGUAAUGUACCAGUCAGUAGGUUAAAAGCCAAUUAAUGUACAAAUGUUUCUUUUAAAUCUAUUUGCUUAGCUGCAGGCAUUUGAGUUCUGCUGGCACCACUUCACAGUACAUGUGUACCGGUUACAGCAAUUGCAACUGACCUGCUUGAACAAAAAACAAAACAAAUUUAGGUACACCCUGCUUUUUGUCAUGAUUUAGUAUGGAAUUUUGCAAAGGAUUGCAACAUGACUCAAGAAAAAGAGUAAUGAGAGACAGCAGUGUAGUUAUUUUGCAGGCUAGCCAGAUCAACCUUUUGUACUACAUGUACAUGUAUACUGAAUUUAAAAUAAUUAUUAGCUUCUUUCAUUGGGACCAACUACAGUGACAAUGGUAAUGUUGACAUGCUGUGGAAUACUUACAGCUGGUCAUAACUUUAAUGACCCUCAAUUUUCUUAGCACAGGGCGAGUACUAGAAGCUCCGGCUGGUACUUCCUCUAAGAGCAUAUCCAAUACUAUACAGGAACCAUUAGUAACAAAAAUGAAGUUAAAGAAGUCUGAUCUGAAUUUGAAUAGCUACAUGUACCUAAACUAUUUCUUAGUUUGCUAAAUGCUAUAACCCAGUUGUUAUACCAGCAAAAAUUGGAAAUUGGUAGCAAGAAUUAGGCCUUUCAUUCUAAUAGAGCCUAAAGACAAAAAAUGCCACCAGAAUCAAAUUUUGUUUAAUUUGUAAAUAGCAAUAAAUUCAAAAAUGCUAAUUAUUUAUUAAAAUGGGUGUCUUGAGGGUUCCAUUUGGUUGGAACAGGAUUUUGUCCUUAGAUACAAAAAAGUUUAAGUAAGAAAUAGUCUUGUCAUAAGUAAAUAUUGGCCCAAGGGUAAAAAGAUUUUUAACCUGUUUCUGAGUUGCAAAAACCUAAACAACUGAAAUAGGUUUGAGGCAACUCUGAAACACCUACAGCUGUAUGUAGAAUAUCUUACACAUUUAGAUGAAGAACACUUUUCUUAUAAUAUUAAUAGUUAGUAAUGAUCUGAUAGAGCAUAGAGUGGAGACAAGUAAACAUCAACGAACUGUAAAAUUGGGAAUUAAUAUGAAGAGCUGUAUGUACAGCUGUAUACUGUAGUUUGUAAAGUCUGUAAUAAUGUGUAAGCCACUUUGGUUUAUGGAAUAAAUCAUUUGAACAUUAUAAUGGGAGGUCACUGCUAGAAUUUCUUUCAGUAACUUUAAUGUUUGAAGCUAUAAACUUCAAGAUUAAUUAUAGCCACUUGUUAAGAACCUGAAGUGAGCCAUGUUAUAAUUAAAAAUAAUUUAAAAAUUUUAUCGCAUUUGCUACAACUCAGGCAAACUCGUUUAAACCUUGGAAUUUACAUUUGCUACUUGUGAAAAAAUGCUCAAUUUUAUGGGUUUGAUGACAUUUGCUAACCAAAUUAAAGUCAGAAUUUGAUUACAUUUGCUACCUGAGCGAAAAAAUUGUACAAUAGUAACAGUUUGAUCAGAUUUGCUGCUUAAGCAACUUUGUUCAAAACUUGACUUUUGACCACAUUUGCCGCUACAAGCAAAAUUCUGUGUUUGAUCAAAUUUGCACACCCUAGAAAAUUUGUUCAAAGUUUAGGUUUGCUAACAUUUGCUUCAUGGGCAAACAUGUUUAAUACAAAGAGUUUGGUUACAUUUGCUAUGCAAAGCAAUCUGGUUCAAUUAUGAAAAUUUGAUCACCCAUGAUAACCCAAGCAAACAUUGUUCAAAUUAGAUACUUCGCUCACAUUUGCAAAGCUGCGUAAACGUUCUGAAAAUAACAGGUUUACAUGCUUUUACAUCUAAAGCAAAAGCUGUGCAAAACAGCAGAUUUGCGCUAUCAUUUGCGUAAUGUGCAAAUAUAGUUCAAAGAAACAUAUUUGCCUACACAUUUGAACCAUCUGCAAAUGACCCUCAAAUCCAUGGCUGCCCAUUAUCUUUGCACCAAGAUGUAAAUGUUGUGCAAAUGUGGCAUUUACCGUCAUUGCUACGGAUAGCAAAUCUAGUGCAAUAUCAGUCUUUGCUCUUGCGCAAAAUUGUGCAAAUGUGGUAUUUGCUACACAUUUGCUGUAAUUUGGCUACCCUAGUAAAUCCAUUUUUUCGUCCAGUGAAAGAAAGCGGCGUGUACACAGUAAACCCAACCAACAGAUCCAGUUUUGACGUGUACUGUGACAUGAAGACUGAUGGCGGUGGAUGGACAGUCUUUCACAAACGCUUUAAUGGGUUUGUUGGAUUCUUCAGGGGUUGGGAUGAGUACAAAAAUGGCUUUGGUGACGUUAGAGGAGAGUUUUGGCUUGGAAACGAAAAGAUUCAUCAACUGACGGAGAUUCCGAGCCAGCUGCGAGUGGAGAUCAACACCACGUCCGCCGGGUACAGAUACGCCAAGUAUAGCAAUUUCACGGUCACUAAUGAAGCAUCUAACUACACACUGUUCAUUGGGUUUUAUUCUGGUACAGCAGGUGACCAGCUGACUUAUCAUAAUGAAAUGGCUUUUACUACUAAGGACCGGGAUAAUGACAAACACAAAAGUGUCAACUGUGCUGUGAAUAACAGAGGAGCCUGGUGGUUCAAAAGUUGUCAGCACUCAAACCUGAACGGCAACUAUGGAGGAAACACUAAUUAUUAUUGGGGCUGGCAUCUCCUCGGAAGUGAAAUGAAACUGAAGCCGAAGCUAAAGGCCAAGUGA